AUGUACGUGAAGUUCAGUAAUUACAUGAUUAACACCGAUAAGUUCAAGGAAUUAUUUAUCAAUAUGGUAAAAGACUGGCAAGAUGAGAGAACCGAGGAAGAGGAGAACAUUAUGAAGGAGUACGCGAACAAGGGAGUGUUCUACACGUACGUGUAUACAACGAACAUAUAUUUUUGUUCGGUCGUGUUUUUCUGCCUGCCCUUCAUACCGCGUGUGAUGGACGUGUUCAUACCCCUAAACGAGUCACGGCCAUUAGUCGAGAUGUAUCCGGGUUAUUAUUUUGUCGAAAAUAACGAUGAUUAUUACGUUUUCAUUAUGCUAUACACUAUGGCAUGCAUGCUGAGUACGAUGUGCGUUUUCAUCGCAACCGACACGAUUCUGCUCUACAUGGUGCAACACGUUUGCGGCCUACUGUCCCUUGCUGG